ACAAUGAAAGUUGAUACAAACAAUGUACUGAGAUUUUCAUAUAAAAAGAAUAACUUGAGGUUGCCCCAGUUUAAAUCAUUACAGGUGGAUGGAUCUUCAGUGAAGAAUUUAGAAGACAAACUGAAAAUUUCUUCUACUGUUUACUUUUGUAGAAAUACAGAUGCUUGGGAAGUCUGCACAGAAGAUUUGGGAGAUUCAAGAGGACCUUCAUCUUAUGGUCCUGCUAGGAGAGUAGCUGAAAAGAAAUUCUAUAUUGUUAUUGGUACACAAGAUCCUAAAGCAGCAGUAUACAUUCAGAAGUUUGCUGUUUACAUAGCCAACCUGUUCUUUCUGACAUCUGAUACACCAGCUGUAGUUAUAAAGGAUGAUGAGCUUGAGAAUGAUCAGAUAGAAAAUUAUAAUUUGAUAAUUAUUGGAUCACCAAAACAGAAUUCAAGGACAGAGAUGUACCUUAAGAAAAUACCUGUAAAGGUCCAAGAUUCUUCAUUUUCAUUAUCAAAAUGUAAAUUCAGUCAUCCUCGAUCAGGCCUUCUUACAUUAGCACCGAACAGUAAAGACAAUCUAGCAUUGAUAUUGAUGUCAAACUCUUAUGAAGGAUUGUAUGAUGUCAUAUCACUGGCAACGCCCACUAUACCACCUAUGACAAGGUCACCUUUUUCUAACCUGCUGCCAGAUUAUGUAGUGACUGGUCCAGAGUAUGGUCUGAAAGGUCCUGGUGGAUUUUUGUGCACUGGAUUUUGGGGGAACAGUUGGGAGUACAGAACGGACAUUUCAUCUUGUGUUUGUUAAUACUUACUUAUUUUAGGAUGGUGGUGGGUCAUUUACUGUUCCAUUAAUAGAUAAUUAGUUGUGAUUUUUAUCCUCAUUAAGAAAUGUAUUAUAUAUGAUAAAUUUAAUCUUUCUCCAAUUUGUUUGAUCAAACCAGUUUAAGUUUUUGUUCUAAAGAUAUCAUGGAAUUUGCCAAGCCUAUAUAUAGGAUCAGGGGGUAUCAUUGUGUGGGCCAUUUUCUUUUUUAAUAAUUCAGAAAGAUUUAUAUUAUUGUAAUGAAAUCCAUUUUUCAAACAUUUCAGCCACUAUCCAUCUUUUUUCCCCUUUUCUUUUUCAUCCAAAGUCAUCUUUCACAAAUCAAGAAUAAAUUUUAUAUUUGGAUCCUUGUUAAUAUAAUCCUCAUAUUGCCUUUCUUCAUUUUUCAAUUGUCCUGUUUAUUGACCUUUUUAAUUUUUUCAUUGACAUUGAAUAUUUUAACUUUCAGAGUAUUUUGUGUUUUGUAGGUUUGAUACAUACUUUUAUUUCUAAGCACAGCAAGCUUUUUUUUAUUACAUUUAUACAUUUUUUUGGCAUUAUCAAGCUUCAAUUUAUAGGAGAAAUAAUUUCACCAGAAAAUAGAGAAUGGAAACGAGAAAUACACGUACAAGUUAUGAUUAUCACUUGUAAAUUGUUGUGUAGUCAAAUAUUUUCUAGUCCAGUUUUUGAUUUGUGUUUGUAUAUAUACAUCAUGGUUUUCAGUGCCAUCAUCAUGUAUAUAAGCUCUGUCUAUUUUUAAAUUUUUUUCCUCCUAGAUUGAAAAAAGUAAAAGUUUCGAUAGUUGAUUUAAACAUAUUGUUAAUGGAUGUAGGGGAAGGGGUUGCAACAGAGCAUACAAAUAGCAAAUUUUACAGGAUAUCUACAGGAUUGUCUGACAAAACCCUACCCCUUCAGCAGUUACUACUACACUUAACUAUAUUUGGACAUUUUAAGAGUGUAGAGUCUCGAUUUAUAUCCUCCCUAAUACUUUAAGAAUAUAUAUUGAAUGAUCUGAAUUGGGUUAUAGCAUUUAGUUUUUAUGCCCCACCUACGAUAGUAGAGGGGCAUUAUGUUUUCUGGUCUGUGCGUUCGUUCCUCCGUCCGUCUGUUCGUUCGUCCGUCUGUUACACUUCAGGUUAAAGUUUUUGGUCAAGGUAGUUUUUGAUGAAGUUGAAGUCCAAUCAACUUGAAACUUAGUAUACAUGUUCCCUUUGAUAAGAUCAUUCUAAUUUGAAUGCCAAAUUAGAGAAUUUAUUCCAAUUUCACGGUCCAGUAAACAUAGAAAAUGAUAGUGUGAGUGGGGCAUCCGUGUACUGUGGACACAUUCUUGUUACUGUUGUCUCAAAGUUGAUGUCAUUUUACUAAAUAUAGUUCAGAUUGCUUUUUUUAUUCAAUAAUUUAUUUAGAGGGACAAAUUUGUAUUGAUAACUGAUUAAGAUUAUUAGAUGAUGAAAUCAAAUGAUUAUUGUGAAUGUGUUAAUUUUCUUGAUUAUGUUAAUUUGUGAUAUUA